AUGAAAGACCAGCCUGAGUUCAGUGCUUUUAUGCUGCCUUUCAUCAUACACUCAGCUCUUAGAACAGACUCCAUCAAUCGAAGGGAAGUUUUAUCAAGGCAGUUUGCAGCAUUCUUUGAAGAUCACGUCAGGACUGUCAAAGCUGCUUCAGGCUCGAGGACAAACAGUAAGAAUAUGUGCAUCAACAAGGCUGGUCUUCAGGUCUUACUCAGUGUUAUUGAUUAUCUUCGUGCUCAAACACCAGACAAGUCUUUUUCUCACAGAAGCACAGUGACUCCAUGGGAAAGAAACUUGUGGCUAGAGGUGAAUUACCUUCAGGUAGCUGAGGCAGCUCACUAUUGUGGUGCACACUUUUCUGCACUUCUUUUCCUGCAUCUGCAUUGUGAAGCCUUGCAAUGUGAAGUCAACAAUAAGCAGAUGAAGAAGUCUGUAGCAGUGAGUGGACAAGCCUCACUGUUAAUGCAGAUCUCACACCUCCCUCAGGCUGCUACUCUGGGGAAACUAAUGCUGCAGGUAGACAUUUUGAACUUAUUUGAGAUUUUUCUUUCAAAUUUGCAUUUAAAUGCAUUGUUAUACUUUAACCCCUUAACUGUCCAAACGUAG